GAAUAUUACAUAUAUCGCGAUUAUGUUCAUUAGGCAUCGUACAUGGCGUCUAUUUUUACUCACGGAAAGCUUAUACCGAUUCGAAGGCUAACAUCGUACGACGUACUUAUGCGAUACUUAUAGAUGUACUCGAAACUACAACUACAGUCAAAACUAUAACGACAAGUGGCGUCUAAGCCAAGUAUGUCCACAUAGUAGGAGUAUAGGUUGUUUCGACAAAUGUUGUACAAAUGACUCGUAUAAAUGUACAAAAUGUCGCGAAUGUUAUCCGUAGUAAUGGAUAAAUUAGAAACACAGAGUCGCGUUAAAUAGAAAUAUCUCAACGUGAUGAAAUAAAAAGCUAUAUAGGUAGGAUAAGGUAAAGAAAAGGACCCGUUUGCCAUUGACGAAUUAUUCUUUUCCGACCUCUGCUCAUAAUUUAUACCGCUUAGACUGCUUAAUAUACCCUCAUAGGUAUAUCUAUAUCUAUGUAUGUAAAUCAACGUACGUCUGUACGUUUGUAUUUACGUAUCUAUACAAGUAUUGACCGGAGUAGAGUUCGGACCGAAGCGUGUCAGAAUGAGCUAGAUCGAGGUAUAUACAUACGAUAUCCAAUAUAUAGAUACGUAAAACAUACGAACGUAUUUUUCAACUCGUUCGAACGUAUCUACACAUAAAGAUUGAUCAAAAAGUUAUCAUUCGCACAGCCGAAAGAAACAUUUAUGCAUUACGCCAAUGCUCAUAUAGAGCUAUACUAGCGUCGACCCACAUUCGUCGACGGACGUCGAGACCGGGCGGAUUUUCUUCCGCACGAUGAGUUCGAUCCGUCUACAAGGCAGAAGAUGUUCUUACGCGAGGUUGUAUUAGUCGAGAAACGGUGUCAAAGACGGGCAUGGACACUAAGACCCCGCCUAUACCUUUGAAGCUUCCAGAGAAGGCUCAAACGAAGAAGCAGGAACGCCUGGCCGAUCUGUCCUUGCCGCCAUUGACACCUUCUACGAAUCGCCGACAGAAACUAAAGCCUGUUGUUAAUACGUGCUCGCGUGACUUCGUUUAUCCUACAUGCUAUCAAAAUCAUCAUAAGAAGAGACCUUACAGAGUGUUGCAAAUUGGCGCCACACCUUUGAUGCACGCUUGCCAGCAGGCCGACAGACACAAAGUCUUGAGACUAUUGAGGGAACAAGAGGAGAGCAUCGGUUAUAGAGAUCGAACGUUAAGAAGUGCACUUCAUUACUGUAUGGACGCAGGAACGGGUGGUGCCGUAGCUUCAGCGGCACCAGAAUUGGUCAACGCUCCCGAUGCCGAGGGACAUACGCCUCUUCAUCUCGCAGUCAUUGCCGGCGAUACGCAGUUGGUGGCCGUAUUGUUGGCGAACGGCGCCGACGUCAAUGCCAAAGAUUUGGAAGGUCACAGCGUUCUUCAUUGGGCUACCGUUUGCGGAGAAGCGGAAUGCGUACGUCUGAUCUUAGCUGCUGGCGCUCGGCCUUCAACGCCGGAUCUUCGCGGAGGCUCGCCUCUUCAUUACGCCGCGCAAUGUUGCGGCGCCGCAGCGACCGCCGAACUUGCCGUACCGAAGAAAGUUGGCUUAAAGGUUUUGCAAACUCUUAUAGAAUUCGGCGCUGACGUUAAUGCGAAGGACGAAGACGGACGACAGGCGAUCUUAUGGGCGGCCAGUGCCGGUAGCGUCGAGGCAAUUUUGGCCUUGGCAAGGGCCGGGGGAGCUGCGGCCGCAGGAGCAUCGGACAAGGACGGUUUAACGGCUCUUCAUUGCGCCGCGUCGAGAGGUCAUGCGAGAUGCGUCGAAGCGUUGAUUAAUUUAUGCGGAUCCCAGCCCGAUCACGUAGAUGACAACGGUUGUUCCGCUCUGCACUAUGCCGCUACGCUCGGUCACGCCGACGCCACGUCCUUGAUUCUUAAAUUAGGGGCCGAUCCAAAUCGACAAGAUCGAAAGGGUAGAACGCCGGCCCUAUGCGCAGCAGCCAAGGGUCAAUUGGAAACGUUAAAAAUUCUGGCACAGCAUGGUGGCUCGUUGCACGCUAGAACGGUACGAGGCACGGGCGUUGCUCACGAGGCCGCGGCUUCUGGAAGAAUCGAACUGCUCAGAUGGUUGGCUAAAAAGCGUCCGAGUAUGUUGGAUAUCGCUACGCAAGACGGUAAGACGCCUCUUCAUGUGGCAGCACUUCAUGGUCAUUUGGAUGGUUGCAAGGUGCUCUUGGAUCACGGUGCGAGAAUAAAUGCGAUUUUAAGAACUAACAAGGGUAAUACGAUGACCGCUUUGGACGCUGCCCUUUACAGAGGUCACAGAGAUUGUGCUAAAUUGAUUCAAAUGCACGGUGGCACCACUGCUCAACGAUUAAGAGAUCAUAGGGCUACGUCCACUGGAAAAGUUUAUACCGCUAAACUUCGAGUUGAGCGUACAGAGAGUGGCACGGAUACGGAAGGCAGCCCUCCAAGGUGGGAUUAUCAUCGACAUAAGGCUCCUCGUGUCUAUUACGAGGAACGAUGGAUCGAAAAGAGAACGCGAAAGAGAGGAAAUUCCAAGAAAUUGUUACGACGAGACAGUCGAAGUUUCAGCGAAGAAGAAGUACGAUUCUCCAAGAAGGCAUCUCCGAGAAAAGAACGCCAACGACGAAGCAGAAGCGAGUCUGCGAGAUACGACGAAAAUCGCAUGGAUACCGAUGAAAAAAAGUUUACGAGAAAAGGAAGAAAAAGACGAGUUACAGGGAGAUCCAAGGAUAAUUACAGCGAAUCGUCUAUAAAUUACAGCGACGAUAGCCUCCAAGAAGAUUUAGGGAAGAACGGAACGGUAAGGACGUAUUUUCGGCGUAAGUUCGAGAGGCGAAGAUCAAAAUCUCGUGCGGACAAGAUUAAAAAGAGAUCGAGAUCCGAGGUUGAAACAAAUCGAGCCAAUCUGAGGCAUUUGCAAUCGAUGAUUAAGAGCGAUCAAGACGAACACAGCGGUACCGACGACAGUUUGGAAGUAAUCGUUGUCAGGACGUCCGUCGAGAAGAAAAAGUGCGAAAAAAUUGUGUCCGGAGGAAAAGCAAAAAUGUCGAAAGAGAAUUCGAAAGAUGGUAGAAUAAGAGAGUCUCAUAAACGCAACUUGAAAAGUCAAAAGUCGGAAUCCAGUGAAUUUACGAUGCCGUCCGAUAAGGUAUACGAUGAGGCAUCCGAGGAGGAUGCCUGCGUGGAUCAUCGGCCAUACUCCGACAAGAAAGAAACAGAUGAAGAAGGAUAUAAGGACGUUGCUGGUGUUGACGAAGUCGCGUCGAAGUCGUCCACGCCGGAGGAUAUGGGAAUGUCCUUCGUUGAAAGUCGAUAUAAUCACAGAGGAGACGUUACCGAUAGUACGAGCCACGAAACCGUCGAACGAGUUCUCGUUACGGCUAUGGUCCACAAAGAUCAAGGUCCGGACACUCCAAAGUCUACGAUCGAAAUAUCGAAGGAAGUCACUUUUGAAGAUGGUUCGGAGAAGGAGAUGAUGGACAAAAAUUGCAAAGUAUUGGAAAGUAAGGUCGACGAUGUCUAUGCGAAAUCCGAACAACUAUCUAAUUCGCUAGUAACGAAGGCUAAGGAUUUAAAGAAGGGCCUCGAAAAUAUGCGCAAUGGGAUCAAGGAUAAGAAUGAGAAUGAUAGCGAAAGGAGUGGUGAUGAUAAGAGGAUGGUAGGAGACGUCGAAGCAGUGGAAGUUUUCUAUAGAAAACAUUCACUAGGUAGGUUGUGCGCACACCAUGUAAAUGAACCCGAAAGAACUUCAUCGGAUUCUCAGGAGGCGCAAGAUCAACGGGGGAAGAUUGAACAUCAGGAAGAUUCUUUUAUUAAUACGAAAGGCGAUAGAAAAAUUCUUGAUAUAUCGCCGAGUCCCGCGAAAGACGUCGCAAGCUGCGUGGAUGCGGUGAAUGAUGGUUUGACUUCAGAGAUAGAUUUGCAAGAUUUGCAUACAUUGGAAGGAUCAUUUCGAGAGGAGUUGCCAACUUUGGCGUUAGAAGAACUUUCAAAAGUAGAAAGCGAGAAACGGGGAUCGGAAGAAGUAACUGAGACGAUGGAGAAACACGAUAUAAGCGGUACAUUAGAAAAAGAUGUUCCUUUAGAAAUCUUGGAAAAUAUUGCUUCCGUAGAAACUUGCAAAGGGAAUAUUAUCACCGAUGGGUUUACAUUAGCGAACAAAGAAUCAUUUAAAACCCGAGAGGAGUUAUCGUCGACUUCUUUCGAUGCUCCUUUCAGCAAUGACUUCUUCUCCGAGGAUAAGGAACAAAUAGAUUCCGCGCGUGGCAAAUCUGUGGAAUUAUCUUCAGAUUCUAGAGAUUCCGUAUUGAUGCGAGAGAAUGAGAAUGACUUUUCGAGAACGAAUACUCCAGUUCUCGCGAGGAGUAACGUUCUCGAAGUAAAAUCCGACGGACAUAAAGCACCAAGUGAGCCUAAUAAAGUCAAGAUUGUACAAAUAGAUGCAAGUACCAAGUCUUCUACGAGCGAGGAAAAAGCAUUCUCGAGUAAAGAGGACAAGAAUGGCUCGCCGACGGGAACAACGAAACGUUCAAGGUGUUCAAGAGCUUCAGCGAGAAAACAAAUGGAAGGGGCUGAGUGUCUAGUGAAAGGAUCGAGUAAGAUCAAAAAUUUAUUUGACAAGUCGGGGGAGCGUUCUCUCGAUCGCAGUGCAAUAGUUGCCGUUAUCGAGAGCCCGGAAUGGGAUGAAGAGGAUGAAGAGAUCGAUAAGGAGAUUAGAAAGGUUAUCGGAGAAGACGGAGAACGUGAUACAGAGCCAGAAGAAAAUAACGAAAUGGGUGUUAUUAGAGUUUUGCCGGGUAAAAGCGAGGAAGAGGCUUAUAGGAGCCUGGACGUCGGUAAAUCCAGGAAUUCGGGUAUCGUUACUUUACCUCAGGUACAGAGAAGACCAUGCACGCACUCGGGAAAGAUUCUUAAGAUUACAGCAGAGGAUCAACGUCUUCGACAGUGUACGAAACAGUGUCGUCGUGACAGUGGUGGUAGAGAUAGUGGUAUAGAACCAAGUCCAAGAAUUUCUAGAAUACCAAAGAGAAGGAACGUGGCUGACUAUUCAAAGAUGGAGAAACAUCAUGCGAUCAAUGUAGAUACCAUCACGAGAGAUGUUCAGAUUAGUCUUCGUCGUUAUCACCUGGAAAGGAAGAUCUUUUUUCAAUUGAUGGAACUCAAGAGAUUGCAGAUUAGGCAUGGUAGAGCUAAUGAGCAAGUUUUGGUUAAAAGACAGGUCGAGUCAUUUCAUAAAGCUGGCAUGACUGGUCCAACCCUUGGUGUUGCUAAAUACGAUCAACCAUUGACCUUCAGGUUUUCAGCAUUUCCAAUCCUAUUGUUAACAAAACACUUCGAAGCGUUCUUAUACGAACAGUUGAGGAAAUUACAAAGGAGACCAGCCACGCCAAAUUUUUGUACAGAUGCAAAAUAUUGCACCCAAAGAACUCAUCGAUGUCAUCAUGCCACAACUGCCUAUACCUCAGUACCUGUUUACACUUAUAUUGGCGGAGAGGCGCAAGAACGAGCGGAUCACUUUCCAAAAAUAGAGACUCGUGGAAAAGGACAAAUGACGGUGGAAGUAACUCACGGAGACGAGAAACAAGUCAUCGCACUACCAGCUGAAAGGCUGGAUUGUACCAAAAGAUAUUUCGUUACAUUUACCGUUAGAGGAGAAAGUCAAGGAACAACGAAAUCGUCUCAUUCUAUGAAACGAAGUGCUACGAGCGUUUAAAAUGCCCGUUAUAUAUAGUAUAUAUACUUAUAUACGUACAUAUAUAUAUAUAUAUAUAAAACACACACACACACACACACACACACACACACACACACACACACAUAUAUAUAAUAUAACAUAGAUACAUGUGAGAUAUAAGCGAUAUCUCGCCUCGUUUAUGUAUUAACUUCGUACUCUGACGUUUCUUUUUGAAAGAGAAAGUGAGAAGUCGAAUUUAAUUUUAUUUAUUUAAAAAUCAUAAUAUUUAUUCUAUUUUAGCAUCAUAUUACUUUCCAAAUACUAUUUUGCGAAUUACCAGAUUACAUUUCAAUACAGAGAUCAACGCGGAAUGAAUGCUUGUGGUAUAAAUUUUUAUAUAACAUACAUAUUAUAGGUAU